CGCCAUGUUUUCCUCGCUGCCCUUCUCGACGCCCAAGUAAGAUGCCUUAAAUAACCUUCCCUUCCCGGUGAUUAUCCUUAAGGGCGAGCCACAACACUUCAGCAGCCAACAAGAAUUAUCUGAGUGUGAGGACUGAUUCCCAUUAAUAAAAAAUGGAUGUCGCGUCUUUUGGUACCGUGGAGCUGAGGGUUUGUCCCGAGGCCCAGGACCUGGCCGGCGGCAAGGACAGUUCCCCGGCAACCCUGGCCAAGGCAGAGGAGCAGGACCGCCUGACUGACCCACAGGAGGCACAUGACGAUGAGGGGGAGGAAGAGGAGGAGGAGAAGGAGGAAGAAGAGAUGCUAGAAGAGGAGGGGGCCAGGAAGAGUGUGAGGCGAGGGAGAGCAAAGGCCAAAAGGAAAGGGCGAGGGAAGCAGAACCUGGCCUUGGCUGACGCGCAGGCCACAGCAGCCGCCUUCACCUUCAUGCGGAAAAGGAGACAAGACCUGACGCUGGGGGCCAAAGUCAAGGUUCUAGAAAUGCUGGAGCAGGAGCCCAAAGUCCCUCAGGGCAAGAUCGCCUCCAUGUUCCGUGUGAGCCAGAGCCAAGUGUCCAGGAUCAUGAAGAACAAGGCUGCGAUCAUGGCACAGUGGAACCGCUUCGCCACGCCGGACCGCAAGCGCUGUCGCCUAGGCAAAGCCGGAGCGCUGGAGCAGAAGUUGGUGGACUGGUACAAGGAGGCGAAGAAGGAGGACUUACCCAUAUCAGGACCAAUACUCAUGGAGAAGGCAAAGUCCAUAGGGAAUGAAAUGGGGAUAGAGUUCAAGCCUUCUGCAGGGUGGCUUGGGAGGUGGAAGGACAGGAACGGUGUCACCCUCAAGAGAUUUAAAGACAAGGAUGGCGCCCCGUCCGCAACCAAAGUUGGCAACCAUUGGAGACGCUAUAUGUUCACCAAGGCAACCAAAGACUACUCCUUGCAGAACGUGUGGGUGGUGGAGGAGACGGUGCUAGUGUAUAAUGCCCUACCAGAACACUUAACCAACGGAGCGGCGAGUGGGAGUGACAAAAUCUCCGUUAUCCUAGCGUGCAACCUUGCCGGGACCGAGCGAAAGCCUCCCGUCAUCAUCGGUAACUCACAGACGCUAAAUUCGAUAAGUCUUCCCGCGCCGUUCCACUACCAUCCAGACUCCAUUGUUACGCUUGACCUCUUCUCCUCGUGGCUAAAGGAGUGGGACCGCGAACUCCACACCAAGAGAAAAAAGAUUGUUGUGUUGAUGAGCAAAACGCCUCACCAUCCCGAGAACCCGCAUGUGUUUAAUAUCAAUGUGACUUUCUUUCCACCUGAUACGUCUUCAGUGUUACAACCUCUGCAACUGGGUAUAAUAAACGUAUUUAAGUCUCUAUACAGGUACCAGCAGCUCAAAUAUCUAAUGGCCAGAGCGCAAGCCAGUGAGAAAAUUAGUCUUGGCAGCAGCGCAUUCAAUCAAAACAUUCUCUCAGGACACUCUCUAACUCUAUCUCUAUUGGAUGCCGUUUUCGUGGUGUACAAGGCCUGGAAACACGUGAGUCCGGAAACCAUAGUCAAGGGCGUCGUGAAGGCUGGCAUGAGUAAGGAUGUGGAUGCCCUGAAUGUCUGUGACCAGGUUCAUGCUCCACCCGGCAUAUCCCAGGAGGACUUUGAGGCUCUGGUCAGCAUGGACGAGGAAAUCAGCGCCACGGAACAGGCACAGAACCCACCCCAGGCACCAGACACACAACCGGGAAUGAUCACUAAUGUACAGUUCUCGCAGUACCCAAACAUGUAUGGAGUUACAGGCAACAAGACCCAGCAACCAAAUCAUCAAAUGGAUCUUACUGUAGGCACGAUACAUGAAUGUCCCGGUGUGUCAGAAGCGGUUUAUGCCUGCCAGAUACUGAGACAAUACCUACAGCGAAGAGGUGGACAGCUAUAUGAUGAAUUUUCACACCUAGAGUCAGCCAUUCACUUGGACAUGAUUCUAGACACCAGACCUGACUUGAGUAACUUUCAGGCUGACCCGCUGCAUGAUCCAGCCUCGGUUCAUAGUCUGGAAGCACAUAAAGUGGCGUUCGAUCACAAGGUUGAAUAUCUACAAAAAAUGCAAGAUGAACUCCACCAACAAAAGGUACAGAAGGAAAUGAAGAAGGUGACUCAAGCACCAGGAGUGUUCCAGCCUCCACAUGGGCCACUCAACACGCCGCCCCAGGAGGUGAGGACUGACCUACACACACAGCUCCUGGGCAUGCAACGGUCCACAAUGCCCAGUCAGGAGUUACCCCGCCAGGAAAUGUUACGGCAGGACUUACACCACCCCAUGCAACACCCUGAUCUCAUGCGGCAGGACAUGAUGAGGCCGGAGUACAGGCAAGAAGUGCAUCAGGACAGACCGCGCAACUCACUUCUUGAGCUGCGGUCCGUCAACGUUGCCACCUUCAGACAUCCCCACACUGACGUCAGGAAUGAGCUGAGUAAUGAGGGGAAGAAUGACGCCAUGCCAGUCCCAUCAGACCUCAAGAACCUGCCGUCUGAUAACCACUCGGGCGCAGAAAUCCACCAUCACGGAAUGGAUGUCGCCCACACUAUGCGCCAACCAGAUGCGAGAAUGGACAACCCGGGGAUACCAUAUUAUACGCUUACUAAUCCUCUACCUCACUAUAUGCAGUCUAAAUAGUCAGUAAUGUAGUUCUGUGGGUGUUUGUGUGAUAGGCGCACCAUGUGUCUAUUUCCGCACCUAGUUUGGAGAUAAUGAAAAGAUAAGUCCUGUGAAAAUCAACACACGUGAUUAUAUAACAAGGAAGUCACUUGGAGAUGAGCAUUUUUUAUUCCAUUUAUCUUAUUUAUUUAUUUUUUACUAGUGGGAAGCUACCAAAAUUUCUGUGUAAGUAGAGGGAAGCAAUGUAAAUUCUGUCCCUUGCUUUUAUCAGACACACAGGCUCAUUCAUCUACUGAUUUACACAUAACAGGAAGAUACGAUGUUGAUCACUGAAGCUGAAGGGACCUCUUCUGUAUUAGGGUAGAUCUGGUGAUGCCACAAGAGCCAGUGUUACUUCAAAAAGGCUAACACUCUUAUAGCAAAAGUUCGGAGCUCCUUUUACAAACGUUUUUUAACUCCUUGGCUGCGGAUUUCCUACAAGAAGACAUCACCAAGCUACAGGAAUGGAACAAAAAGUGGCUGCUACAAUUCAGUGAAGAAAAGUGAAAAGUCCUGCACCUUGGGAGGGGAAAUCCAGUAUACCAAUACCACCACAGAGGCAGAGAAAGACCUGGGAGUGUAUGUUGCCAGGCUACCAGUGAAGGUGAAAUUCGUACCAAUCGCAGCGGAGGGGUUAAGGCCAGAGAGGAGCUAUGUCGGGUUGUGGUGAGUGUUUCCCCGUUCACAGUGCAGAGACCUUGAAAAACUACUGCCAGGCUCAGGAAACAACCCAUGGAAAUCUCAACAACUUCUGAGAGAGCCUUUGGAAAUAGAAGGAUUAAGGCUCAGAAGGGUUUGAUAAUAUGGAUCUAACUCUGUUGGUGCUUCACAAGAGAGAGGAAGAAGGAACAAGAGAUGGGAGGAGAGAAAAGGAGGAAAAAGCAGAGUUGAGAGAAGAAAGAGACAGAGGAAGAAGGGGAAGGAAAAAAGGAGGGAGAUAGAAUGAGGGAUGUUUGCAGCCACCUAAUAUGCUCAGACCUCAAUUUUGGAUUAUAUAUGCUGUAAAAAGAAUGCAUUCUCUUUUUAUAAAUAAGUAAAGUA